UCUGAGGGACACACACACGCCUGACGCGGCCUGGGUGGCGGCGUCUCCCCAGCGGCGACUUCCAUCGGGUGUGCGGGUGGCGGCGCAGCAUGCACGGCCGCCGCGGGGGAGCACCAGGACCCGCGGCGACCAUCAGGGCGUGAGUGAGGCGAAGCUUGCUGUGCUCCCGCCCUUGUGACCUUACCUGACCUCAUUCGUAGCACUUUGACCUCUGACCUCUAUCGCGCCGUGCCUCUCCACCCGUUAUCUGCUUCAGUGAAAAGGUGAACGUGUGAAGCCGUUUCUAGCACCACGACGCAUCUGGUAACCCUCCCGCUCCUGUGACCUUAUCUGACCUCACUCUGACCUCUAUCCCGCCGUGCCUCUCCAUCCGUUAUCUACUUCAGUGAACGGGUGGAAGUGUAACGCUAUUUCUAACACCACGACGCAUCUCUACUUCCCCCGCUAUCUGCCUCAUUGAACGGGUGAAUUUUUAAAGCCAUUCCAAGCACCCCAACGCAUCCCUACUGCCUCCGUUGUAUGCCUCAGUGAACGGGAUUAACGUGAAAACAUAUCACGCUUCCCACGCCCGUCGCUUUUUCUGCCUCAGUGGACGGGUUAACGUGUGUCGCAUCCCAGCAUCCUAUUCACCCUACUCCCGCCUCGCUCCCCCGUCGCCUCGCCCACGUGCUCCUCCCUCCCGCCUUGUUCAGCGCGUGCCUCCAGACCUCACAGCCAGAGUGCCUCCCCCAAAUUAAGCCUUCUUCAAGUCUGCCUUCUGCCCAGUGUUGGUGUUGGUGCUAGUAAAGAAAAAUUUCCGGUGCGACGGUGGAUGAUAUAAACAAAAUAAUAGCUUUGAAUCAGAGUAAAUGAUGAAGUAUAAAGCUUAGAAAGGAACAUGCAACGGUAAAACACGAGGGGACGGCUCAACUGUCGACCUAACUAUUGCUCUUCAGAGGUAAAAAUGAAUGUGUGAGAAACAAAGCAGUCUCCUUAUAUUUAGGGCAAAGACUGGGCUGCGUUGGUACUGGUGCUGUUAAAAAAAAGUUCCCAGUGUGAAAGUCGAUAAAGCAAACUCCAAGGAAAAGCUCUGAGAGGAAUGAGUCAGGGUGGAAAAGGAGGAGGAGAAGGUGGCCAUAACGUCGACUUAAUCGAAGUCCAUCAGAGGAAAAAAGUUAAUGAGUCAGAAACAACUCGAUAUUCGUGCAUUUAGGGAGAAGACUGGAUCGCGGCGACCACUCGGGGAGCAAAGGGCGUCCUAGAACCGUUACUCGUGUGCCUACCGUGACUUUUGACCCUUGAGUCGUGACCUCUGACCUGUGAGUGCUUCAGGAUGGUGCGGGUGUCGUGGGGCGGCGAGGUGGUCAUCGCGGACUUGGCGCAUGUCGGCGAGGAGGGCGGUACAGGCGGGGAGGGCGGCCACUCUCGCCCCGUUAACGGCAUGCCCACGCCCACCACGCCGCAGAACCUCACACCCACGGCCUCCGCCACGCCCUCAGACACGCCGACCAUCUCCCCGGCGCCCACGGUCUCCACGCCGCCCACAGUCUCCCCGCCCCCACGCGCCCCCACAGCCAUGGUCGAAGGCCUUUCCGACGGGGACGAAAGCGCCAUCUCCACCUCCUUCUCCGACGACCAUCGCUCCUUACGCGACGACCUUCACGACGACUUCAGUUCGCCGCGCCACCGCAGCCCGCGCCGCCGCCUUGAGAAACGGACGCUCAGCAAGGUGACGGAGGACGACAACAACAACGGCAAUGGUAACGGGAACGGUAACGGCGACAAGAGUGACCGCAACGGAGACGUGACGCUGAGCAGUGACGAGUACCGCAGGUUUCUGACGCUCAAAGGCAGCCCCCCGGAAUCCCUCAAGCCCCCGGCCCCCUCCGCGCCGCCCCCCGACGACGAGAUCAUCACCUCUAUGGACCGCAUGCUGGCCACCCUCAGCGACCUCGAGGACGACCUUGAGCCCAUUGACGGCGUGGAGACGGAGAGCGACGGAGACAGCGACGAGGCGGAGGCCAGGCGGGAACUGCUGACCGACAGGUGGCGGCAACUAUUCGACAAGUUUGACCUCGAGGGCUUCGGUGAGAUCCCUUGGCCGGACUUCCGCAACGCCCUCGUCCACCCGGAGUUUGUGGCGGCCGUGGAUCUGCACAAGAGGGAGCAGCUCGCCGCCAAGGCCCUCACACCCACCACCACCGCCAUCACCUUCCAGGACUUCGUCAAUGUGGUAAGUGUGGUCUGA